AUGAGUGACCCUGUCGAUGCGGAACCACAUGGUGACGACACACAGGUUGAGGUUGAGGCCAAGGCGGCCGUGUCCCAAGUGGACCAUGCCUACGACCUGGACGUAAAAGCGGAAGUCGCCGAUUAUAAGGCGGAUGCAAUCGCGGCAGAGGACGCGGAGCACAACAUGACGGUGCUGGAGGCCGUUCGCGCGUACCCGAUGGCUUCAUUUUGGGCGUUUGUCAUAUCCUUCACCAUUAUUAUGGAAUCCUACGAUGUCUUCCUCAUCAACAGUUUCGUCGCCCUUAAAUCAUUCAAGGCCCAGUACGGUGUAUUAUCCAACGUACUAGUGAAUGGCAAAAUGACGCAGGAAUAUGUCAUCGUGACCAAGUGGCAGUCUGCGCUUCAAGUGUCUGGGCAGCUCGGUGCGCUUAUCGGAGUCUUCCUCGCUGGCCCCCUCACCAGCCGUAUCGGAUACCGUUACGCGUUUAUAACCGGCCUCAUGCUCCUGAAUGUCUUCAUCUUUUCGUUUUACUUUGCCGAGUCGAUGCCAGUUAUUUUCGUGGCUCAGCUUCUCGAGGGCAUACCAUGGGGCAUCUUUAUUGCCAAUGCUCCCGCCUACUGCUCCGAGAUCGUACCGAUAAAGCUGCGAGCCCCUGCUACCCAGAUGCUGCAGAUGUUCUGGGCAAUUGGCAGUAUCAUCGUUGGUGCCGUCUGCUACGUUUACGAAAAUGUCGACGGUCCACACGGCUAUAAGAUUCCCAUUGCGCUUCAAUGGAUAUUCCCCACCCCGCUCGCUAUCCUCAUAUUUUGUGCACCCGAGUCGCCCUGGUGGCUGGUACGAAAGGGACGUCUCGAAGCCGCAGCAAAAUCGGUCGAGCGCCUUGGGCGUAGGUCAAGGCUGAAUUCUAGUGAGACCGUCGCCAUGAUGCGCCGUGUCGUUGAGAUGGAGAAGACCGAAAAGGAGCCCAGCAUCGUGGAACUCUUCAAAGGCACUGACCUCUACCGCACCCUCAUUGUGUGCGGUGUGUAUGCGGCACAGAAUCUUACGGGUAACCUUAUCGCUAAUCAGGCUGUCUACUUCUUCCAGCAGGCCGGCGUAUCGGACAAACUUGCGUUCGCCCUAGGUCUCAUCACCUCGGCUCUGCAGAUGAUUUUCGUCAUGCUUUCUUGGAUCCUCACCACGUACUUUGGCCGACGUGAUAUCUACCUCUGGGGCUCGUUAGUCAACACCGUCCUGCUGGUCGCGCUCGGCGUUGCCGGCUCUGUUGGCACUUCAGCCGCAUCUAAUUAUGCGACUGCGUCCUUGGGCCUCAUUAUCUCCGUGCUGUUCACCUUGGGACCUGCGCCUGCCUCGUGGGUCAUUAUUGGAGAAACAUCGGCCAUCCGCCUCAGGCCUCUAACUACUGGAAUGGGACGCGCUUCGUACUACAUAGUUGAGAUUCCUUGCAUCUUCCUGGGAAGCUAUAUGCUCAACCCGACGGGCGGACAUCUUGCCGGCAAGUGCGGCUACGUCUGGGGUGCCACCGGCUUAGUUUGCUUGGUCACUGCAUAUUUCUUCUUGCCUGAGAUGAAGGGUCGAUCUUACCGCGAGAUUGACAUCUUGUUCAACCGUCAUGUCCCGGCUCGCAAGUGGAAGGAAACGGAAGUCGAUGUACAAGACGACGAGUAA